GCGAUGUGUGUGAUGUGGUGAAAUGGCUGCUCCGUCCGGAAGAUCAAAAGAUACUUGGAUUCGAAGCUUUCUGGUCACAGAUCCAACCACACAUCAAAAGGGAUUUACAGUUUACAAAGUGACAUACAGGGCUUUCUCCUUGAACAAACCAGAAGAUGUGACUGAGAUUGUUGUGUGGAAACGUUACAAUGACUUCAAGAAGCUCAACAAAGCAUUGUCACUUCUCCAUUACAACCUCCGUAGACCAGAAAAGUUUCCUGUGUUUGCCAAAGCAAAAUUCUUUGGACGGUUUGAUGAUGAAGUCGUUGAGGAAAGACGUCAGAGUGCCCUUAGGCUUCUCGAGUUUGUUGUGAGCAUCCCGCCCCUCACAAGAAGCAAUUACUUCCGUAGCUUCUUUGAGGGUGGGGAGGAGGUUGCGCUAAGGCAGUCUCCACACAGAGAGAUUCUACAGCCCAAGAAAGUUUCCCCCGAAUUCACAAGUGGGAAGUCCCAGUCACCUGGUCACUCCCAUUAUGAUUCAGGAGCCAGUACUCCAUCAGAGGGGAGAGAUCAUGUGUUGCUUACAGAGGGGCAACCCAGCCCGUCUCUUGGCGGUGUGUGGCUCCAUAGACAAAAUGAAGAGGAUGUGUCGGAGUAUGGAACUGUUGAAUAUGAUGAUGACGAUGACGAUAGGACGACAUUCAGCGAAGAUUCUGUCCCGUCGACACCCUUACCACAACUUCAGGAAUUGUCAUUUUUUGAUCCUCUGUCAGACACAGAACCUCCAGGGGUUACCAGCGAGGGGUCAUCAAUUCCUCAGAGCAAUAGUUGGUUAUUCCAGGCCAUGGAUAUGUGUGCUGUCCUCAAUGAAGAAUCCCAAGACUCGCAGGAGAAUUCCACUGCAGCAAACUCAACAACUGACCUGUCAUCUGACAGUGGUAUUACCAUCAACUUCACUAAGGCUCCAACUGAAGCCCCGCCUGUCCAACUAACACCAACUAAUGAAUCUAACUGGAAGGGUCAAGAAAACCAGGAAGGCUGGACAGUGGUACCCCCAGAGUCCAGCGAUGAUUCUAAGGACGCUCGUAACUCGAUGGCCAGAGCUUACCUGCACUGCAUCAGAGCUCAACAGGCUGCUGAGAGGGACGCUAUGUACACUGAUGGUGGCAUUGUGGAUUCUCGUUCCCCACAGGCCAAACCAGGGCUUGAUGAAACGGACAAUAGAGGCGUGGCUGGAAUGACAAUAGGGGGUGCAGAAGACUAUCUUUACCAGGCAGCUUACCACAUCAGUCUUGCACUGGACAACGAGACUAAUGGGAACUACCAAGCGGCCUUUGACCUCUACAAGUCGGGCGUUGGCGUGCUCCUAAAAGGUGUCAUCGGCGAUGACAAUAAAACUCGUCGUGAGGCCGUACGGAGGAAGACGGCACAGUACCUCAUGAAGGCAGAGGAUUUAUACAACCAAUAUCUAUCAGCUGAAGUCACUAAUUACAAGAGAUGGGAGUCGGAGCAUCCAUGCAUCGAUGUUGAUCCACGCUCAGCACAUCUCAGGGGUUCGGAGGAGGAGCUCAAGAAUUAUAAGGUCCUUGGAUUGAUAGACUCUGUGCUGCUUGUUCUGGAUUCAAUCUCAUAUCAAACAUUCAUUAUAAAGGUACUUCAGAAAUGUUCAGUGGCUACCAAGCGUACAAUCGCUGUGCCUGCCUACUGCAGCUACGUCGCCAAGCUUUACAAGUUCAUCGAGACGGAUAAUGCAAUCUAUCUGAUCCUGGAGCAUGCAAGCGGGGGGAAGCUUUGGAACUAUGCCAGUGGCUACCUGAGCCACGGGGCUGAAAAGUCCGUCAAUCAAGCCAUGGUGAGCAGCUUGGAGAGGAGCAUCGGUAGCUGCGGAUCACGAAGAUCUAGACACAGUACGACGAGCUCAAAAGACGAUAAGAAACAGAAAGAGGAGAUUUGUGAGGAGAACGUCUUUCGAGAGCCUGAGAUGAAUCCACAAGGCUUGAUCCGCUCCCUGGAGAAUCAACAACAAGUGUCCGUUGGAGGCCAAGAAUCAGAGGGUAGGGGUAACAGCUAUGCAAAUCUUAUGAUUGACUACGUUGAGAAACCCAACCAAGAGGUCCUAACGCCUGAUCCCAUCGCGAGUGAGUUCGCUGAACUGGAUAUUCAGGACACAGAGGCCAACUUGAAUGAUUUGGUCAAGCAAUGCUCACAGUAUGAUAUUGUUUAUAACGACGUUAAUGAGGCAACUCGUAAUUGGGGUGGCGAGACAAAUGGUCAAACCAACGGUGGAUUGAGUAUUCCCUCACGUAAUGUUCAAGACUUUAACAGCAACGCUCCUAUCAAUUUAUUUAGCAUUGACAGUCAAGAGAGUCCUGGUAGUGAACUUCACAGUGUUGGCAGUGAUGAUAAGACUGCUUUCGCUUUUGAAAGCCCCAAAGGGAGUCCUAAAGCUGGACCUGUUGUUGACGAAGUGUUUAGUAACGUUGGGCCUGUUGUUGACGAAGUGUUUAGUAACGUUGAGCGCAUUGAUAGCGAUGACGUCAAAUCACAGCCAGCUUUGUCAUCUUGGGUUGACCACAAUCCUGAAGAUGUCAUAGCUGAUGCCAUGAAGGUCAUGCAAGAUUUAGAACAAGAGGAUGAGCUUGAUUUCAAUCUCAUACCUUUGAAUAGCACUGCUUCAGAGGUCACAGAGUCCAACUCGUUAAUAUCACCAAGUACGACCAAACUUGACACCUUGCCCGACACAAGUGGAUUUGCCACUGCCAUGACCGAUGAAAUGACAUCAUCACAGCCUGGUACCGACCUUGCCGAGUUUUUUGACACUAAUACUGUAGCAAGCACUGUCCCUUUUGCAGAGUCAUUCCCUAGACCGACGCCGUUACAGCACAGUAUGAGUAUGCAGGAACAGGGAGUGUCUCGUGCCAGCCCUCUGAGCCAGAGGAAGUACUCCAAUCCAAUGGACUUCAAGGUUAGGAGUGCAACCUUUGAGGAGAAAAGGCCAGACAAUGGGCUUUCCUCUCUACUGAAAGUGGACCCUAGUAUUGAUGAUGGUGGCUUUGGAUCGGCCUCUGUGUGGGAGACAAGUAAGGCUGAUGCGAGUAGGAGUGAGCCUAACCUCAGUAGGAUGCUUAGUGAAGCUGCCUCAUCAAGAGGUACUGAUACCUUAGAACCUGAUCAACCUGGGAGGAAUUCAAAUAAACCACCCCUGCCACAAGAUCUUUACGUCAAAACUAGUGAAAUGUUCUCUAACCAAACGAACCCUCCCUUACUGCCCUCUGUCACAACACCAAGCAGUUUAUCCCCAAAUCAGGAGAGUAUAGAUACCACAUUAAACAGCUCAUGUGAAUCCACGCCUAAGCACACUAUAUACUCCCCCGAUUGGGACAGCGGGACUGUCAUGGACUCCCCACCCAUUGAAAGCCCCGACCAGCACACAGCCAAUCAGAAGACGACCAUUGCCAACUCUGAUGUUUAUGCGAAUGUGAGCCUUUCUGAUAUGGAUAGGACAAAAGACGACAGUGACAUCACCCCGACCCACAAUGGUGCACUGUUGCGUAAAACCAUAUCCCCGCCAUCCGCCAAUGAUACAAAGAAACCCGCUCCAAUAAUCAAUCCACGCGAUGCACCCUUGCCGUCUCUCUCGACCCUUUUCUCACAAAUGGACGAGCAGGUGAAAGUUACUAAAUCCAACACCCUUCCAGAAUCCUGCGUUCGACUAUGGGCUGCCGAGAUACUCCUUGCCCUGACAGACCUACACGCAGUGGGUAUCAUCUGUCAAGAUCUACGGCCGGAUAACAUCCUUCUGGCCGAGGGUGGACACAUCAGACUGACAUACUUCAGCCAGUGGCAGUACGUCGAGAGGACGCUGAAUCCAUUCGCCAAGGAACAUUUUUACACUGCACCUGAAGUGAAUGGGAUUUUUAAUGUGACACCUACGUGUGACUGGUGGAGUUUUGGAGCUUUACUUUAUGAACUGCUUACUGGAAUGUCUCUGCAUAGUUGUCAUCUGAGUGGGAUUGGCUCCCACACUCAACUCAUCAUCCCUGACCAUGUAUCACCAGAGGCUAGCAGCUUAAUCAAACAGUUAUUACAAGCCAACCCCAAUGAGAGGCUGGGCAGCCAUCGAGCAGGAGGAGCUGAGGAGAUUCGUCUCCAUCCAUUCUUUAAGGAUGUCAACUGGAUGAGUCUACAGAAAUCGGCUCAUUCGUAAGGCAAUAUUUAACCCAUCUACUGUUUGACCAUUCAAUAUCAUCCACUGUGGUUUUGGAUGAUCCUGAAACUAUGCUAGCCUGCAAUAAGAUCAUGUGGUGAUUGCACCUACAGAGAACACAGUCAACCCUCCUACUGUCUGACAAUUCAAUAUCAUUCACUGUGGUUUUGAAUGAUAGAUAAACUAUGCCUGAAUGCAAUGAGAUAACGUGGUGAAUAUAUCUACACAGUAUGCCAUUUACAUGUAGUUCGGUGCACAGUUGUGCCACCAUACACAUCCUGUUUAGUUGAACCGUUUCAAACAGUUGUCAACUCACUGUAAAAUGUUGCCAAGAGUAACAGGGACAUUGAGGCUGUGUACAGAGUUAAUUACUCCCUGAAAUAAUAUCUUAAGUUUAGCGUUCAUUCUAAAGUUAGAUGUUGUUAUCAAAGGUUUGUGACGUGAUUAUUGGUUCAGCAUUCAUCAUUCAUUUGUGUCUACUAAAGUGCAAUUCAAAAGUCCCUAAUUAUGAUAUGAACCACACCAAGUGUUUUAUUUUUAUGUGCCAAUGGAAACUUAAAUUCUGAAAUUUAAUGAUGCGGAACAAUAAAUUCUUAACUUAGACUCUAAGUUGUUUGAUUUGUGUGGGUAUAGGGUUCUCCAUUCAUAACAUCUCAAUGUAGAAAAUUGUUACUUAAAAAAGACAAGUCCAGUUGUUAUUUUCUGACCUAAAUCCUCAAAAGAAAAAUUGCUCUUUGCAUUUCUAAUGGACAAGUAGUAAGCGUUCGCGCCAGUUGGCAUAGUAUGGUGGAAUUACAUCUCAGUUUAAGAACAGGAUUAUCAAAAGUGUGAUUCGGGCAAACUUCAUUAGUCUAGUCAUCUUACUGUAGGUUGAGCAAGAUAUUUAGAUUUGACAGAAUUAAAGUAACUGCACACCACUGGUACUUGUCAUAGGCCUGUACCAACAUGUACAUGAAAUAACACACCUUGAAGCAGUCACUGAACAAAAAGUGAAGAAAACCUAAUAUGUUUUCAUAACAUAUUUGUUUCAAACAUUGAGUCUUGAGAACAAAAACAAGGGUAAAAAAAUAUAUACAUUUGUCGUUUAAGGAUUUAAGACCAUCUUUAUACUGUGGAAGUUGUGUGCCCAUCUAUAAACAUUUAUAUUUUCAAUCUUGAAGUAAAACUGAAAAGUACUAAAUUUGUCCUUUUUGCUAAAAGUUUUACUCCAUGUUCUCUAAGAGAGAACAA